AUGUCCAACAAGACAAGUGACCAAUCAACACGCACGGCUUCCAUCCUCAAGACUGAUAUUACCAGAAGCAACACGAUCACCAACAGUAGCAGAAGCAUCAACAGCAGCAGCAGCGUCAACAACAACGACCACAGCCACAACGACCACAACAACACCAAUAAUUACAAUGAAUUGGCGAAAACAGGAGAGGACGCCAAUAAGGAGAAUAUACCUAGUUUAGAGGAGGAGAUUGCGGCCUUUAGAAUCUUUAGGAAAAAAAAUACUUCAAACUUGAAGUCAUCACACACUAGUAGCAAUUUCAUAAAAAAGACAAUGUUUAAAAAGGAUCUCUUGAAACAGGAUCCGAAGAGAAAACUUCAACUACAACAAAGAUUUGCGUCACCGACUGACAGACUAGUAUCACCAUGCUCACUGAAAUUGAAUGAGCACAAAGUUAAGAUGUUUGGGAAGAAAAAAAAAGUCAAUCCUAUGAAACUUGACUUCAAAGGCAACCUUGCGGCCGAUUCAGAAGACGUAGAAAUAGAUGAAGAUGAGGAGUAUUUCUACUAA